UAAGUCAUAUGAUAUUGAUCUUAAACACAGUGUCGCACCUUUGUCGGCUUGUAAAGCUUCAGUUCUUGAUGGACUUUUGCCCCUCUGUUUCUGUUUAAACCAGCUCAGAUAGAUUGAGAGAUAGCUUCAGAUUGGUAACAUUAAUUUCGCUUCAAUAUUAAUAUAACCUUUGGGCUAAGAUGUUGUGUUUUCAGAGUGGAUUUAAGGUAAAGGGGAAUGCAGUUAUCAAAACCAGGGGUCAUGUAAUCUGGUGUUGUCUAUUACACAACCCCGUGUUGGUGAAACAUUUAGCCCUGUUAUAUCCACUACGGACCUUGACUCUGCAGACACACACAGACACACAAUCAUCACACCCUAAUGCAACUUCACCUGAAGCUUCCAGUGUCGACUGAGAAAGGAUCGUCACAUAUACUCUGAUGAGGAAGACACAUCUUCAUCUAAAGAACUGUAACCAUGGUGUCAACUGACAAUCUAAUGACAAAUCUAUUAGAGGUAAUGCUGUCACACUUGGCCUUAACCUGUGCUUUACUUCUGGCCACUCUCGCUGCCAUCCGCUGGUACAUCAGAGAUUCCUACAAGCUUGAUGGCUUCAACCAGAAGCAUGUGUUCAUCACAGGCUGUGACAGCGGCUUUGGGAAUCUGCUGGCCAGACAGCUGGAUGGAAAAGGUUUCCACAUCAUAGCCGCAUGUCUCACUGAGAAAGGUGCUGCAGAUCUGGCAGCAGCCGGCUCCCCCAGACUGAAGACCCUCCUGCUGAAUGUGACAGACAGUGCGAGCAUCAGGAGGGCGGUGGAGUGUGUGAGCAAAGAGGUCGGAGAGCGAGGUCUGUGGGGUCUGGUGAACAAUGCUGGCAGGUCCGUACCCAUCGGUCCAACAGAAUGGAUGCAGUUGGAGGAUUUCACCAAGGUUUUGGAUGUGAAUCUGAUAGGAGUUAUUGAGGUGACGCUCCAGUUUCUGCCACUGCUGAAAAAGGGCCAGGGCAGGGUGGUUAAUGUGGCCAGUAUCCUGGGCAGACUGUCUCUCACUGGUGGAGGUUACUGCCUGUCCAAAUGGGGAGUGGAAGCCUUCUCCGACAACCUCAGGAGGGACAUGCAGCACUUUGGCAUCAAAGUGAGCAUUAUCGAGCCUGGUUUCUUCAAGACAGGUGUCACCCGACUGGAUCUUAUUGAAGCUGACCUGAGGAGGCUGUGGACCCGUCUCCCUCAAGAUGUCAAAGACUCCUAUGGAGCUACAUUCUUUGAUGAUUAUGUGAAAGCUCAGGACUUCUCCAUGCGCAUCUUGUGCAGUCCAGAUAUCUCUAAGGUGACCAGGUGUAUGGAGCAUGCACUGACAGCUCGCUUCCCACGCACACGUUAUAGUGCAGGCUGGGAUGCCAAGCUUUUUUGGAUUCCUCUGUCCUACCUCCCUUCAUUUGUGUCAGAUUUUCUUAUCAAUGUGCUUCUUCCUUUACCUAAGGAUGAAAGAAACGUCUAGCUCUGUGAAAUAUUUGUGUAUGUGUAUGUAUGCAUGGAAACAUGCAACCGAAAGUGAUAAAAUAAAGUAUAUUUUGACAAUAAGGUAAAAAAAAAAAAGUAAGACUGUGUUACAAAAUAGGAAAUUUAUUCAUUCAUGUCUCAGCAGCAGCAAUUUAAACCAUAUGGGCAUGUUGUGGAUGAUCACAUAUACAGUUUGUCCUCAUUAUGAUACAAAAUAAAUCAUUCUGUAAUGUUAA